AUGAUAAGUAAUAAUGAGGAAAUAUUAUCACCUGCAACCACCACCACUACUACAACUACACCAACCAAUAACAAUGAUAACAAUGACAUAAAAUCAAAUGAAGAUUCAAAAGAUAGUACUUUGAUAUUGGUUGAACAAAAAGAAGAAUUAGUCAAUGAAAAGGAUAGCUCAAGUGAUGAAGAGAAUAUUUUAAAGAAUACAAGUAAUAAUAGUAGUCUAACCGAUAUUUCAAGUGUCAGUUCUCAACAUUCAUCAUUGGCAUCGAUUGAUUCAAAUUCACCAAUACAAUCACACAAUACAAAAGAAGAGGAAGAGGAGGAAGAAGAAGAAGUUCAAGUAGAGUCUAAAGAUAGUAUUCAAUUGGAAGAUGACGGAUUACAAACAACAACAACCACAUCAUCAUCAUCAUCGUUAUUAUCAACAAAAACAAUAGAAACAACAACAACAACAACAAUAAAGUCUACGAAUGAAUUGAGUCUUGACUUUUUAGAUGAUUUACAAUUGACAGAACCAAACUUAACAUCUACAUCUACAUCAUCAACAACAGCAACCUCUACAAUAACAACAACAACAACAACAGAAGAGUCAAGUAAAUCUUCAAUUCCAAUUUCAGCGUCAUCUGAAAAUUUAAUGGGAACGUCGCCAAAGCCUAGCUCAUAUGUCGUUGUUCAACCUACCAUUGCCAUACUACCCGAACCUGAACUAAUUGAAACUGCAUCAAUGUCCUCUGUUUCCUCUACGACUAUCAAUAAUAAUAAUAAUAGUAGUAGUAGUAGUAGUAGUAUUUCCACUACAGUUAUUGCUACAGAAUCAAAUAGUAGUACAUCAAAAGAACAAGCAUUAAAGUCACCUCAACUCAUUAUGGCUAUGCCAACUACACCAGUAGUAUCACACCAUCAGCGAUCUCUAUCAACAUCUGCUGCCAUUACUACAACCAGUUUACUAUCAUCGAAUUCAUAUUCACCUACCUCCUCGUCAUCUAGUUUACCUUCGUUAACAAUGUCAAGUUCAACCUCAUCACUUCCAUCCGUUGUCUCACCAUCUACUUCAACAGUAACAAACAACAACAACAAUAAUAAUAACAAUAAUAAAACAAGCUUUAUUAAAAGAAUAUUUAGAAGAGAUACAUCAAAGACAUCAGUUAUCAAAGAGGAAACUUCACCUUCAACAUCCAGCACUCCAGCCAACUCCUUACCUGUUAGUCCAACCGUUACAUCUUCGACAGCAACAGCAACAGCAACAGCAACAGCAGCGUCCAAUGUAAAUUCCAAUACAACAACAACAUCAUCAUCAAACAAUCCAACUAUUAGUGUAUCAUCAACAGUUAAAGAGAAUGAAGUAUCAUUGUUUAAUUCACUUUCAAAUCUUUUAACACCCGGUGACAAGUCAAAGUCUGCACCACCAACACCCGACUACAAGAAACAACAGCAACAACAGCAAUUGAAAGAUCAAGAGACAUCUGCCAAACCAAAACCAGAACCAUUUUCAUUGCAAUACUCAGAGUCUAGUCAGAUACCAAUAUCGUUCUCCACACCGAGCUCACCACUUGGCAAUGUACAACCAAAGGACUUUGCCAAGUUGAUUGAACUGAGCGAGCCGUACUCCUAUGAGAGCUUCCUCGAGAAGCUAGACAGUGCAACCAAUAUAAAGUCAUCGAUUGACAGUUUCGUUAGUAAGCUAAAGAAUCGUAAAGUAGCCAACGAUGACCUUAGAGAGGCUCUGAUGGACUUUGUUUCGAACAUGAUGCACUCGCUCAGCUCCGAUUCACACUGGGAGAAUGCAAGUGACGAAGAGUACACCUAUACUACUCACCAUCUUCAGCAAUAUGUAAUAGAGAAGAUCUAUGACUAUGUAUUUAGAUCGACGGACGACGAUAUCGAAAAGGACGAAUCACUGCACAAGAUGAUCGUGAAGCUACACUUUGUCGAGCCAGCACAUCUCGAGAUACCGCCAGAGACUUGCAGUGAAGCAAUGUGGCAGGAAGCAGGUCAAUUCCUUGCAAAGAUCAACAUCACCAAGAGUUGUCGUCACAAAAUGAUGUACAUCGUAAAGAGUUGUAAAUCAAUACUCAACCAUCUCUCUGCAAACAGUGGUGAAUCUCAUGGUGCUGACUCUCUACUGCCACACCUCAUCUAUGUAGUUUUAAAGUAUAAUCCACAAUAUUUAAAUUCAAAUGUUACAUUUAUAAGUAAAUUCUCAGACAACUCUGAUUCUGAAGCACUUUAUUAUAUGACACAAUUGAUAGCUGUAAUCUAUUUCAUUGAGAAUAUAAAUGCAGAUUCAUUAAAGAUUGAUAAGAAGGAAUAUAAUCUUUGGAUGUCGGGCUCGAAUCCUUUGGAUCCGACAUCGACAAGCAAUACAAAGAGUAGUAGUGGUUCUCUGACAUCGUCAGGUGGUGGUGGUGGUGAAAAAUCAACACCAAAGACGUCGGUGUUUGAUGAUGGUGCACUCGCUUCGCUUGCAGAGAUGUUCCCUGAUUGUCAUACACAGUAUCUGAUAGAUUGUAUUACCUAUAUCGACACCAAACACAAACAUAAAUCACCCAAGCAUCAAUUGUCACCUAGUGAUCUGGUGAAUCGUGUGACCAACAUGAUUGCAGAACACCAAGGAUACCUUCAAGUUAACCAAUCAACCUAUCCAAUGUCAUUGACUGACAGCAAUAACAACAACAACAAUAAUAAUAAUACUAAUAAUAGCAACAAUACAAUCAAUGAAAACAUACCACCAUCCAUGAUAUUCUUACAACAACUUUUAGAUCAAAAGGAGAGUGAGAUAACAAAACUUCAACAACAGACACACAAAGAUAAACUAGAGAUAAAAGACUUACAAAAGAAACUUUUACUACAACAAGAUAACAAUCAAAAAGAUAGCAAUAAUAAUAAUAACAAUCAAACAAUUCACAACUCUGUAAAUAUGAACCAAUUUAGCUUCGAAACAACCAAUAUCGAUAAUCUAAAGUAUUCCGACAUACCAUUGUUACUAGAUCAAUAUAAAUUAAUGUUUAAGUUAUUAUCACAACAACAACAAUAA